AAACACAAUCAAAAAAUUUUGAUUCUCACAUUUUCGAUUCUCAUCCGAUGCUUUCUGCUACAUACACACACACACACACACAGUUGAUUCUCUCAUUUCGAUACAAUUAAUUAAUUAAUCAAGUCUGUACAGCUUCUGGUGUGUGAUAUAAUACAAAAAAGAUGGCUUCUGUUAGUGAAGAAAAGAAAAUUAGGAAUAAGAGAAAAUUUAUAGGUGAUUCAUCACAGUCACUACCAUCGGGUUUGGAGAGCGAAUGCUCGAGUGAGAGUGAUGAGUUACAUGUGGAUACGGUGAAACUCGAGUUAGGAAAGUCGUGUUUAGAGAUAGGGAAUAAGGUUGAACUAAAAAGGAGUGAUGAUAAUAUCGAUUGGAGUGAUUUAACGGAAUUUGAGCUAGAAGGACUUUUGUUGGAUAAUUUGGAUGCUAUAUUGAAAAAUGUUGUUAAGAAACUUGUUUUGUAUGGUUAUAGUGAAGAAGAUGUUACUAAGGCGGUUCUUAGGUGUGGUUUUUGUUAUGGUGGUAAAGACGUUGUGGCGAAUGUAGAGGACACUACUAGGGGUAUUCUUGAAAACGGAUCAGUGGUUGGUCCGCGGAGGGAGUAUGAGUUUGAGAAUCUAGAGGAAAUGGAGAAGUGUAUACUUGCGAAAUUGGUUUCUGUUAUUCGUGAAGCUAGGCCGGGAUCUAGUACUGGGGAUGCAAUGUGGUUGUUGUUGAUAUCGGAUAUGGAUGUGUCUCAUGCGUGUGCGUUGGAUGUUGAUGCGUUAGGUGAUGGGGUUUCAAAUGGUGUUUUUUCUAAGUCGGUUGAAACCCAGUCGAGGAAGGAAGUUAAGAGUGUUGACAGUCUUCUGAGUCCAUCUAACGCGGAGGCGGAGUAUUAUAUUAUUUCAGAGCCAUUGUCAAAGCCAGCAGUUACUCGUACAAAACCAAAGCCCGCCGCUUACUGCAGUUUGGUGUCACAGAAAGGAAACAAGAGUUCCAAUCCUUGGACCAUGAGUAAAUCCGUCAGCCUUUCCUCCCAAAACCAUGAAGAUAAACCUGUCGGGAGUAAAAAGAUCAACGGCGUUGGUAAGAGAGAUUAUGUACCAAGACAGAAAUCAGUCCGUGUGGAGAAAAGCUACCGUUCACGUGGAUCCAAAGGGGCUUCUAGAGGUGCAAAACUUGGUAACUUUGGCGGCUUAAUUUUUGAUAAGAAACUAAAGUCUGUGUCACAUUCUACAAGUAUCAGUUUUAAAAGUAGUUCCUUGAUGAUUAGUGAUAUAAACAAUAAUGGCACCACACAAAUCCGCCUCACUUCCCCUUCACUAUCUAAUAGAGACGCUAAUACCAAUAUCACAUCUUUGUCCUCCUCUACAGAUAACUCUACAGCAUUAUCAGUAGCUGAAGCCGAGUUCUCCCUUUCACUUCUUGAAAAAUUCAGCGAUCUUUCACUACCCAAGGUUCCAAAUCUUAGUUUUCCUUCCAUGCCCAAUGAAACGUCCUUUCAGCACCGGAUCCCACAAGGUAAAAAAGAUGAAACAAUUUCAAAGGGCCCUCCAGCAUUAUCAGUGGCUGAAACCGAGUUUUCUCUUUCAGUUCUCGAAAAAUUCGAAGAUAUUACACUACCUGAGGUUCCAAAUAUUGAUUUUUCUACCGUGCCCAAUGAAAAGUCCCCUGUGAGUGUGAAGUGGAUCCCACAAGAUAAAAAAGAUGAUACAAUUGCAACGCUUGUACCACGUGUAGUUGAGCUCCAAAGUAAGUUGAAGGAAUGGAAUGAAUGGGCUAACCAGAAGGUUAUGCAAGCUGCUUGCAGGCUUGGUAAAGAUAAAGCCGAGCUUAAAACACUAAGAAAAGAGAAAGAAGAAGUAGAGAGGUUAAAGAAAGAGAAGCAUACAUUGGAACAGAACACCUUAAAGAAGCUUACUGAUAUAGAGAAAGCUUUGUUAAAGGCUAGUAGUCAGGUUGGACGAGCUGAUGGCACCGUUUGUAGAUUGAAAAAGGAGAAUGCUAAUCUGAGGCUAGAGAUGGAGGCUGCACAUUUACAGGCAGCCCAGUCAGCUGCUAGCUGUGUAGAGGUAUCGGAGAGAGAGAAACACACACUGAUGCAACUGCAGUUGGGGGAGAAGCAGAAAUCAACGUUGCAAGAGGAGCUAAUAGCCGAGAAGCGUAAGUUGGGUCAGCUGCAAGAAGAUCUGAAGCGGGCUAAAGAACGAAGAGAUGAACUCGAGGUGUUCUAUGUGCAGACAAAAUGGAAACAAGAAGAGAAAGCCAAACAAGAAUUGAUUAAUCAAGCCACUAAGAUUAGAAUAGAAAGGCAAGAAGGUGAUGUUAAGGCUAAAUCAAGAGAAGAUUUAGCAAGACUAAAAGCCGAUAAAAAUCUCCAAAAGUACAAAGAAGAUAUAGAAAAGCUCAAGAAAGAAAUCUCCAUAUUUAGACUAAAAGCCGGCUCCUCAAAAAUAGCUGCUUUAAAAAGAGGCGUUGAUGGAAGCUAUCCAAGUAAAUUUACAGACGUCAAAAUUUCAACUUCCCCACAAACUCCAACACAUUAUGCGCCCAACCUGAUUCCUGGUAAUGGAGGAGUGAAACGUGAACGGGAAUGUGUUAUGUGUUUAUCAGAAGAAAAGUCUGUCGUUUUCCUCCCAUGUGCACAUCAAGUUGUUUGUACGAAAUGUAACGAGCUUCAUGAAAAACAGGGAAUGAAGGACUGCCCUUCAUGUAGAGGACCAAUCCAGCGUCGUGUUUGUGUUCGUUAUGCUUGUUCUUGAUAUAUUUGUGAUGAAAUCAACAGAAUACUUGUUUCUAUAUAUUAAUAAUUGAGCUGCGGAUUUUGUUUC